UCAAGAACCUUUCAAAUGACAAAGAAUUUUCGCUUAAAAGAACUUCCUAUACAGUUCCUGAAUCUAUUCUUUUCAUAUCGUCAUUUUUUUCGGCUUUUAAAGCAACUAGGGAGCUUCACUGGAGGUGUUUGGCCAAGAAAAGGUGGUAGAUCUCUGCUCGGAUACGCCAUUCCCCCUCCAAAUGUUCACUCGACCGAUUGGCGGGACAUGCUCUCGAUCACCGAAGCUCGAGAUACAUUCAUUGUUACCUGGAUUCUCUGCGGAAGGGUUUCCCUGAAAAAGGUUCAGAAUUUGCAGCCGAAUCUGAGGAAGCUGAGUGAGCCGCACGCGGAGUGCCCUCCGCCGGUUCCACCGCUGUUCAGCCAAAUGCGUUUCUCCGAGUCGGAUUUGUCCCUUAACAGAGCUCAUUGGAUAGCGGAGACUUUCAGCCGACGAGAAUGUGCUCGGUUUGUCAUCGAAACGACUUCUAGAUGCGGCUGUGGUCGGCUUCGAUCAGCUCACAUUGAUAUCCCAUCGUUGACGAUUUCGUUCCUGAAUCACCGCGGAAGCGACUAUGUGAAUAAGAGACGAGCCGAAACGGGAAGCGAGCAGAAUGGACGUAGAACCGGAAAACUUGGUGAACGAUGGAGUCUGAAAAAGCACACCAUCUGCCUGCCGACAAACGCGUUCGGCACGAUCGAAUUCCAAGGUGGUCCCCAUCCCCACAAAGCACAAUACGUUCGUCUUUCGUUUGACACCGAUCCAGCCCUUAUCAUGUCCAUGUUCGAGGAGGUUUGGCGAAUUGCUCCACCAAAACUGAUCAUUACCGUACAUGGAGGAACAAAUAACUUUGACCUCCAACCGAAAUUAGCGAGAGUGUUUCGCAAAGGUCUCCUGAGAGCAGCGACAACGACUGGAGCAUGGAUCAUAACUAGCGAUACUGGUGUUGUACGACAUGUAGCUGCUGCUUUUGAAGGGGCCAGUUCAACGUCCCGCAAUAAAGUGGUGUGCAUCGGGAUUUCACCAUGGGGUCUUCUGAAGAAAAGGGAUGAACUGGUUGGUGAGGAUGUCUGCGUACCAUACUAUCCAUUCUCUAGUAAAACGCGAUUCACGGCAUUGAAUAAUCGUCACUCGUAUUUCUUGCUGUCCGAUAAUGGGAGCGUUGGAAGAUAUGGAGCAGAAGUGGUUCUACGGAAGCGGUUGGAGACCUAUAUCGCUCAAAAGCAGAAGAUCUCUGGUGGAUCACGAAGUGUGCCUGUUGUUUGUGUGGUUCUCGAGGGUGGCAGCUGUACCAUAAGAUCGGUGUUGGAUUAUGUUACGAACGUACCUCGAGUUCCUGUGGUGGUUUGUGAUGGUAGUGGUCGAGCGGCUGACCUACUAGCCUUUGCCCAUCAAACUGUUCGAGAAGACGGCUCAUUCCCGGACGGUGUCCGUCCACAACUUGCAGAACUCGUACAACGAGUUUUUGACUGUGGUGGUGCUACUGCAGAUAAAGUUGUCACAGAGUUAAUUAUGUGUACCCAGCAGAAACACUUGAUGACAGUUUUUCGACUUGGCGAGAAAGGUGGACAAGACGUUGAUCAUGCGAUACUCAGCGCUCUUUUAAAGGGCCAAAACUUAUCUCCAGCCGAUCAACUCGCUUUGGCUUUGGCAUGGAGCCGUGUCGAUAUUGCACGUUCCGACAUUUUCACCUCUGGACAGGAUUGGCCCCAGUCAGCGCUCCACAGUGCAAUGAUGGAAGCCCUUAUUAAUGAUCGUGUUGAUUUUGUUCGGCUACUACUAGAAAAUGGAGUCAAUAUGCAACGCUUUCUUACUAUAGGCCGUCUAGAAGAGCUCUACAAUACGGACAAAGGACCUCCGAACACUUUGUAUUAUAUUGUGAGAGACGUGGUAAAAGUGCGGCAAGGGUAUCGAUACAAGCUUCCUCAUAUUGGGCUCGUAAUUGAAAAAUUAAUGGGAAAUGCAUACAAAUCAUCAUAUACCACGUCGGAAUUUCGAUCAAAAUAUAAAAAUGGUAAAGGAGGACCUCCAGGCAGUGGCAGUGCCAUGUCACGUCAGUCAACAGAGCCAAGUGGAUUCCUCAGUGGAUACGGUGCUCCACCUGCAACGGAACCAAUAACGGAAGGUGUUGCGGCAGCCAGCGGAAGCCGAGCGCUCUCUAAUCAUAUUCUAUGGCGAACGGCAUUCCGUAGAGACAAUCCGAUGGUAAUGCGAUCAACGAAAGUUGGUGAUUCUCGUGAAUGCUGCAGUGAACUUGAUGAAGAAUUAUCGAAUACGGGCGGCUCAGAAGGUUCACGAUCGAGAGAAUUCGAAUUCCGGUACCCAUUCAGUGAACUACUUCUGUGGGCAGUCCUCACGAAACGACAGGCGAUGGCCAUGUGCCUUUGGCAACACGGUGAAGAAGCAUUAGCCAAGGUAUAUUCAGUUAAAUAUUCAGUUCAGUUUCGCAUGCUCUCGUUGGAGCUUUUGGAGUACUGUUACCAUCAGGAUGAUGCUCAAACACUGCAGUUGCUCACUUAUGAACUAUCAAACUGGGAACUUAAUUUCUGUUGUUGUAACACCUUCAUCCUUUCCGAUUUGUGGCAUGGUGGAUUGAGGAUUCGUAGCCACUCGAACUUGAAAGUUCUUUGCGGAUUGCUGUUUCCUUUAUCCAUUUUCAUGUUGGAGUUCAAAACGCGAGAAGAGCUUCUAAACCAACCUCAGACUGCGGCUGAACAUGAGCAAGAUCUCAACGAAAGCAGUAGUUCGUCAAGCUCAAGCUCAAGCUCUUCUGAAGAAUCCAGUGCCAGCAGUUAUGAGGAUGAAGAGGAUGAAGAAAAGGUCGAUGUUGACAAAGAUCAGAAGCGUAGUAGACGAGUUUCACAUGGAAGUGUCCAGUCCCUCAAUAUCGCUUCGCGUCCAAUAAAAAUUCGUCGUCGGCUAUACGAGUUCUACACGGCUCCCAUUACAACCUUUUGGGCAUGGACUUUAUCAUUCUGUUUGUUCCUCAUUGCAUUCACUUACGUUCUUCUGGUUCGAACUCCACCAAAACCAUCGUGGCUGGAAUGGUUAUUGCUCGCAUACGUAAUCGCUUUUGGAAUGGAGCAUUUCAGGAAGUUUCUCAUGUCGGAAAUGCAACCGCUUGGUCAAAAAGUCAAGUAUUUCUUCUAUAACUAUUGGAAUACAGUCACUACCGCAGCUGUUAUAUCAUUCAUAUUUGGUUUUGUUAUGCGUACUUUUGGGGUAAUAGAAACGGGUCGAGUAAUUCUAGCUUGUAAUUCCGUACUUUGGACAAUGAAAUUGCUCGACUACAUGAGUGUACAUCCACGGCUUGGACCGUAUAUCACAAUGGCUGGAAAAAUGAUUCUGAAUAUGUCGUAUAUAAUAGUUAUGUUGGUAGUAUCGUUACUGGCAUUUGGUCUAGCCCGACAAUCGAUAACUUACCCAAAUGAGGACUGGCAUUGGCUACUGAUUCGAAAUGUCUUCUAUAAGCCAUAUUUCAUGCUUUAUGGUGAGGUAUAUGCUGAUGAAAUCGACACAUGUGGAGAUGAAGCAUGGGAUUCACAUCUGGAAAAAGGUGUGCCAAUAACAAAUAGCACAUCUGGAAGUACCUGUGUUCCGGGUUACUGGAUUCCGCCGAUACUCAUGACAUUCUUCUUAUUAGUAGCGAAUAUUCUGCUGAUGAGCAUGUUAAUUGCGAUAUUCAAAGUUUUUUUUUUUAAAUUUUCAUUUUUAGUAAUGGAGUAUGAAAGUACGCCAUUCGUUCCACCUCCUUUCACCCCGCUAUCGCAUGCAGGAUUAGCUGUCAGAUACAUAAAAAUGAAAUUAUUCGACUUCAGUCUCAAGUUGUUCUUGAAUGAUGAUCAAGUAGAAAAAUUACAUGACUUCGAGGAAGAUUGCAUGGAUGAUCUGGCUAGGGAUAAGGAAAUGCGGAAGCGUACUAGCAAUGAGGAACGCAUACAACGAACUGCUGAGAGGACCGAUAUAAUCCUCAAUCGACUUAAUGAUCUUGCUUCGAAAGAGGUCACCACGCGUGAGACAGUAUCAGAAUUGGACAACCGACUGUUGGCCAUUGAAAAAACACAGGUGAGUUCAUCUACCAUUAGGAAAUGUUUCGGGUUUACGAAGAGUCGAAUGGAGAUAUCCGUCUGGGAUUCCGAUUUAAAUAAAUCUGUCGUUUAUUGGGGCUGUUUACCAGUUUACACCAAGAUGUCUGUACGACGCCAUCGACAUGGAGAGUACACUUCGAUCACCGAUUCGAUUUCAAUCCAAAGAGAUGAUAGGAACAGAAAACAGAAACGAUCGAUGUCCAACGAGCACCAGGUAAUCGAUAUGACCGAUUUCUUGAGAUUUUGUAUGUUAGGAUUGUAUUAUGUUAAGGAAUCUCCACAUCAAAGUGGNUAG